AUGGCUCCGAUUAAGAGGCAGGUGGUUAAGAAGCCGGGUGGGAAGAAGAAGAAGCAGAUCCUGAAGUUCACCCUGGACUGCACCCACCCUGUUGAGGAUGGCAUCAUGGAUGCUGCCAACUUCGAGCAGUUCCUGCAGGAGCGUAUCAAGGUGAACGGAAAAGCUGGAAAUCUUGGUGGUGGUGUGGUGUCCAUUGAGAGGAGCAAGAGUAAAAUUGCUGUGAACUCUGAAGUUCCCUUCUCAAAGAGGUACUUGAAGUAUCUUACCAAGAAGUAUCUGAAAAAGAACAACCUCAGGGACUGGCUGCGGGUGGUAGCUAACACCAAGGAGAGCUACGAGCUGCGCUACUUCCAGAUCAACCAGGAUGAGGAGGAAGAGGACGAAGAUUAA